CAACAAUCAACCGCACCACAAUCGGACUCCGUCCUUGGCACACAACAAAGACGCGUGCAAGAAGAUGAAGCUAGCUCUGCUAAUGCUACUACUAGCUGCGAGCGCGAUGGCGCUCGAGGAGCCCUUGACGUCCGACGCCUGUGCGCUCUGUGCACGCGACGGCAACUGCUCCACUGCGCACCGCGGCCAGCCCGGCCAGUAUUGUGGCACGUACAUCAAGCACGGGUUCCAAGAAGUGUGCUGUUGCGGCACCAACCAGGUCUGCGGACGCCCGUCAAUCGACCUCCAAUGCGAGUGCACAUCAAUCGUAGUCGAGAAGGCGCCGAGCAGCAGCGACGCGUCGGAUGGCACCAUCCUCGUGGCGGUCCUUCUCGACUUUACCAUCAUCGGCGGGCUCUUCUGGGCCAUCUACUACUGCUGCUGCCAAGCCCAGACGAGGCGCGGGGUGUAG